CGGAAACAACACCAGACAGUCCUGCAUCGCCAACCUUCCUCCAUCCGACGUCUGAAGAAUCGAAAAGUCUCUUGUCCAGCCCCGCGCGAGCCCGUACGCAGAAGUGUAUCGACUUGACAAGUUAGCCGAGAAGCCAUUAUCACUCACACCCUCUCAGCACACGUCCACACGCACCGAAAAGCUAGUCCAAUGGUAAGCCAGAGACCCUGACCUGGGCGAUUCCGUACCCUUCCUUCCGGCGGACCACCGUCGAGCGUCACCUGGUGUGUGGGAGAGUGUGCGGGCAGGUGAGCAGGCGAACUCGCGGAUCCUAGAGUCUGCGUGUGUUUACAAACCCGCCGCUUGCAUUCUCUUCGGCUUCGGCACGACAUCUCACCUCUACUUCUUCGCUCUCCAGCUCUCGCUUCAAACGCUCCUCUCGCACUCCCUCGCCACCUGGCCUUUUCUGCCUCCCACACGCACGCACACUCACUCACUCACAUACACGCACACACACACCUACCCUCUGUCCUUUCUCGCUUUCCGCCCUCGGACAUAAUCCGUCUCCGGAACUCAUGGCAGCAUCAAACUCACAAGGCCAACAGGCGUCGACGAACUACAAGGAGGCCUUCUCCCUCUUCGACAAGCGCGGCAACGGCCGCGUCGCCAUCGAUUCGCUGGGUGAUCUCCUCCGCGCAUGCGGCCAGAACCCAACGCUCGCCGAGAUUGAGGAGCUGAAGCGCUCUGCCGGCGGCAGCGACUUCGACUUCCCGACCUUCUCUUCGAUCCUCAACCGCCCCAACGGCUUCCGCGACCCGGGCGACCCGUCGACGUACACGCGCGGCUUCCAGGUCUUCGACAAGGAGCUCACCGGCUUCAUCGGCGUUGGCCAGCUGCGCUACAUCCUCACCAACCUUGGCGAGAAGAUGACCGACGACGAGGUGGACGAGCUGCUGAAGGCCGUCGACGUGCAGGGCGGCGAGGUCAACUACGAGGAGCUCGUCAGGACCAUCCUCGCAAACUAAAAGGCUCGACCAUCUCGAUGGAUCAUGUUUUCUCUUUGCGCGUGUGCAUGUUGGAUCCUGGGGGCUUUUUAACAUCUUUUCCGGCGUUGGGUAGGGCAUGAAAUCGGGGUAGGGGCCUUGCACACGGUUGAAAACCUUAUCUCCCUUUAUUUUUUGCUUAAGCUGUGGAGGCAUUUCAUGACGGAAACACGUACGCACGCACGCACAGCUUUGUAUUCAUUUUAUUUUUCCCGCUUUGAACCCCGCCACCAUGAAGAGUUGAAGGAUCACACGAGCGACAAUGAGCGCCAGAAAUGGAUUUGGCAGGAUGCAGCUACAAACACGGUGAAGCAAGUCACCACGAAAGGCUUCUAACGUUGAUAGACACACAACAAUACCACACAGCAAGAAGUUUCUCAUGUAUCAAAAGUCUAUCUGUGUAUGAUGCUCUCAGCUCGCUUAUUCGCAUUCAUCUCACAGCGCACGAUCCAUGUCAAAAGGGCCAUUUAUAUAGCUCGUGUAUGUGUCUGUUACCCAUCAUUUCUUAAAGCCAGACUAUGCGUUUGCCAUUCAUCAGCACAAGCGAUGGGUGACGAUGAAUGCUCCCACAUGUUUCUGUUGCAAUGCAAUUCAUGAUAUCCGAGGCCCUCGCUAGGAGGUGAUACUCGUACGUCAUUUCGUCAUCAG